AUGCUGUUCGUUUGUGUUCUUGCUUUGGCAAUUGAUCCUUUGUUUUUCUUUAUCCCUGUGAUUGACUCUCAUAGAUUUUGCUUUACCGUUGACAAGAAUCUUGGAGCAACAGUUUGUGUAUUUCGAACCUUUAUCGACACAUUCUAUGUUCUUCACAUCAUUUUUCUUUAUAUAACCGUGGUCGUUGCUCCUCGUUCGAAAGUAUCUUUGAGAGGCGAGGUUGUUGAGCAUUCUAAAGCUAAGAGGAAAAAACGUUUCUUCUUUUACUUCAUUGUUGACAUUGUCUCUGUUCUCCCCAUUCCUCAGGCGGUAGUUCUUGCUCAUCUUACAAGAAAGCAACAAACUGCCAAACUGGUGACAAAGGAGAUACUGAAAUGGGUUAUGUUCUGUCAAUAUAUACCGAGGAGCAUUCGUAUCUAUCCGAUUUUCAAAGAAGUGACCAGAGCUUCUGGUAGAGUAGUCGAAACAAAGUGGGUUGGAGCUACUUUAAACCUUUUCCUUUACAUGCUUCCGAGUCAUGUGAUUGGGGCUUUAUGGUACUUGAUUGCGAUAGAAAAGAAAGACAGAUGCUGGCGCGAGGCGUGUGGUAUUACACCUGGAUGUAAUCUCAAGAAUCUGUAUUGCGCACGAGGUGGCGGAGAUAACCAUCAGUUUCUAAACACUUCUUGCCCAUUAAUUGAUCCUGACCAAAUCACAAAUUCCACAGUCUUCAAUUUUGGUAUGUACAUUGGUGCAUUAAAGUCUGGGGUGGUAGAGUCAAGGGACUUUCCCAAGAAGUUCUUCUACUGCUUUUGGUGGGGUCUUCGAAAUCUUAGUGCUUUAGGACAAAACCUGGAGACAAGCAACUCCGUAGAGGAGAUCCUUUUUGCUACCAUCAUUUGUGUCUCUGGUUUACUCUUGUUUGCUGUGCUCAUUGGAAACGUUCAGAAAUACUUGCAAUCAACUACGACUAGAGUAGAUGAAAUGGAGGAGAAAAAGAGAGACACUGAAAAAUGGAUGUCCUAUCGGAUCCUACCAGAGUAUCUGAAGGAACGCAUUAGGAGAUAUGAGGAUUACAAGUGGAGAGAAACCAGAGGCAUCGAAGAGGAGGCUCUUCUUCGCAGCCUUCCAAAGGACCUCAGACUCGAAACCAAACGCCACCUUUGCCUGAAACUGUUAAAAAUUGUUCCUUGGAUAGACAUCAUUGAUGAUGGUUGGCUACUAGAAGCACUAUGCGACCGAGUGAAGUCUGUGUUCUACUCGGCGAAUAGCUACAUAGUGAGACAGGGUGACCCGGUUGAGGAAAUGCUGAUUAUCACGAGAGGCAAACUGAUAAGUAAAACUGAGUCUCUUGUAAACAACAAUUAUUGUUACCUUCGAGAAGGUGACAUGUGUGGAGAACUUCUCUUUGAUAUAAUGCAUCCACAUUCUGGUUCUCGCCUUCCCACCUCAACCAGAACAGUAGUGACACUUACCGAUGUAGAAGGAUUCAUUUUCCUACCUGAUGAUCUCAAAUUUGUAGCUUCUCAUUUCAAUCACGUUCAAAUUAUGAGAUUCAAACACAUGUUCAGGCAAGGCUUAGAAACCAGAGUAGCAUUUGAGUGGCGACAAUGGGCAGCAUUCUUCAUACAGGCAGCAUGGAGGAGACACUGGAAAAGGAAGCUUGAUAAGAUCUUAAGCACCGAAAGAGAAAAUCAGCAGACUCUACAAGGCGCGCAGCUCAGUCUGGGAGCAACACUCCAUGUGUCGAGAUUUAUAGCCAAAGCUUUGCAAAAUCAAAGGGAAAAUACAUCAGAUGUUUUCAGCUCUCCACAUACGUUACCUCCCAAACCUGCCGAUCUGGAGUUUUCAAAAGAUGAAGCAUAG